GAUCGCCCCACUCUCACGGAGAGAGAGAGAGAGAGCGGACAUCGGAACAAUUUAACUAGCACUGGGAUACCCCCCAAAGACCAGAGACUCAGUCACUUCCCAGGGCGGCAGGAUUCCCCUCUCAGCGCAGAGAUAUUCAUGCUCCCGUGAGCGCAGCGGGCGAAGAUGAAGAGCAGGCUGUGCCUAGCGAUCGCUGCUGUCUUGGCAACUCUGCUUGCCGCGUCCGUGGACGCUCAAGUGGAGCCUCCCUCACAGCUCAAGUUUAAAAUUUUAACGGAAAACAGUGUUCAAUUGUCAUGGAAACGUUCGCGAGGCAGAAUCGGAGGCUACAGAUUGAAAGUAAUGCCCGGAACUGGAGGACCUGCUAAGGAAAGUGUAUUACCCCGAGGUGCAAGUAAAACAACGUUAUUGGACCUUAUUCCCGAAGUAGAAUACAACGUAAUGUUGGUUGCCUUUGACGGUUCAUUGGAUAGUGACCCAGUUUAUGGUAAAUUCACAAUCCAGACAGGCCGCACACCAACAAGACGGCCAGAGAAAGUCGACGACCUUUCCCAGAAAUGUUCCGCUAUUGCUGUGGCUGAUUUGGUUUUCCUGGUUGAUGGAUCAUGGAGUGUGGGGAGAGCCAAUUUCAAUAGGAUCAGGGAAUUCAUCUACUCCCUUGUAUCUGCAUUCGAGAUCGGAGAUGACAAGACGAGAGUUGGAAUUGUGCAAUACAGUUCAGACACAAGAACAGAGUUCAACUUGAACACAUACAACCAGAAGGUGGAUGUACUGAAUGCUGUGACCGGUCUUCCCUACAAAGGAGGAAAUACCAUGACUGGUGAUGCCAUUGAUUUCCUGGUAAAGAAUACCUUCACUGAAGAGGCUGGAGCAAGGAAAUCUUAUCCAAAAAUAGCAAUAAUAAUCACUGAUGGAAAAUCCCAGGAUCCAGUGUCAGAAAAUGCUGAAAUUCUUCGCAACAUUGGCGUUGAAGUGUUUACUUUGGGUAUAAAGGGAGCAGAACUAGAAGAAUUACAAACCAUUGCUUCCCCUCCUUUGGAGAAGCACGUUUUCAAAGUGGCAGACUUUGACAGGAUUCAAGAUGUCCAGAAUGAGAUAAUAGGCCGGGUGUGCUCUGGUGUCGAGGAACAACUUGGUGACAUAGUUAGUGGAGAGGAAGUGGUUGAACCUCCUUCCAACAUGCAAGUCUUGGAGGUCGCAUCAAAGUUCAUGAAGAUCAUUUGGGAUUCAUCGCCUGGCCAGAUCACCGGCUACAGACUCCACCUCGUUCCCAUGGUGACUGGCAUCAAAGACCACAGCGUCAAUGUCAAUGCUGACACCAGGAUGGUGGUGGUCAAAGACCUCACCCCCAACACCACGUACCAGAUUAAACUUUACGCCAUGCGCGGGCUGACGUCCAGUGAUCCGGUGAUGCUUAUGGACAAGACAAAGCCCAUGGAUGUGUCAGUUGAAUGUACCCUGGAUGAGAACGCGCAGGCUGAUGUUGUCCUCUUGGUUGACGGCUCCUACAGCAUUGGCCUGAGCAACUUCGCUAAGGUGAAGGAUUUCCUGGGGACCUUGGUUAAGACCUUCCAGGUUGGUCCGAACCGUAUCCAGAUUGGACUGGUGCAGUAUAGCCGGGACGCAGUGACAGAGUUCACCCUGAACAAGCACUCAACGCUCCAGGAUGUGGUGCGAGCCAUCCGCACCUUCCCGUACCGCGGCGGCUCAACCAACACGGGUAGGGCCAUGACCUACGUGAGGGACAGGAUCUUCGUCAGGGAGAGUGGCGCCAGGACCAACGUGCCACGGGUGAUGGUGCUAAUCACCGAUGGCAAAUCCUCUGAUGCCUUCAAGCUCCCUGCUCAGAGGUUGCGAGACAUCGGCGUGGAGGUCUUCGCUGUGGGUGUCAAGGAUGCCGUGUUCAGCGAGCUGGUGGCCAUCGCCACGCCCCCUGAGAACACUCACGUGUAUCAGGUGGACGACUUUGAUUCCUUCCAGAGGGUAUCGACGAAGCUCACGCAGACGCUGUGCCUCAGGAUUGAGGAGGAGGUGAAGGCUAUCCGGCAGCGGACCUUUUCCUCGAUCAAGAACUUGACGACAUCCGAAGUGACCUCUCGUAGUUUCCGGGUGAGCUGGAUAGCUGCUGGCCCAGACGUUGUCACCUAUCUGCUGAGCUAUAAAAUGGAAGCUGGUGGUGACACCAUGUCCAUCCAGAUCCCUGGCGACCAAACAACCAGUGUGCUAACCGACCUCCUGCCUGAUACACCCUACCUCGUCAGCGUGGUCGCAAUGUACAGUGAUGGGAAAAGUGUGCCUGAGCAUGGAAGGGAUACCACCCUUGAAGAAUUUGGGCCACCAAGUAACAUGGAGAUAUUUGAUGAAACAAUGGACAGCUUCAGGGUCAGAUGGUCACCGGCGCCUGGUAACGUUCUUCAGUAUAAGCUACAGUAUGUGCCGGAAUUUGGCGGGGAGAUCAGAGAAACAAGCGUCGAUGGAAGGAUGACAGAAACAAUUCUUCAGAACCUGCUCCCAAACACCAAGUACUCUGUGAAGGUUCUGGCACGGUAUCGAACACUAGAUGGUCAACCAUUAGCUGGAGAAGGCACAACCAAAGAAGAACGUGGUUCUCCUCGUGACCUUGUGACCAGAAAUAUCACACCCACCACAAUCGAUGCUUCGUGGACACCAGCCCCGGGCAAUGUGCAGAGUUACCGCAUCACCUGGAAGUCGCUCUUUGGUGAUGACAGAGGAGAAAAGCUGGUCUAUAGCGACACUCCGUAUACAACGCUGGACAAUCUGCAGCCAGAAACCAAAUACCAAAUCCUCGUCUAUGCCACUUACGCUAGUGGGGAAGGAGACCCACUGGAAGGAGAGCAGAUCACUGACGCUACCCCAGAGGGCAAGGCACUGGUGGUAACGGAUGAAAGGCUCAACAGUUUUCGAGUGCAUUGGAAGCCCGCUCCAGGCAAGGUAGUGAACUACCGUGUCACUUACAGGCCCACAACUGGAGGUCGACAAAUUAUCACCAAGAUUGCAGGCCAUCUGACCAGCGCUGUCCUCCGACGGCUCAGUCCCCAGACAACGUACAAUGUCUCUGUCAUUCCCUUUUACAGGAAAGGUGAAGGCAAAGCAAGACGGGGACAAGGAACUACAGCUUCACUAUAUAAACCUCCCCAAAACUUAACAACCUCCGAUGCAGCAAGAACAAGUUUCAGAGUGACGUGGGAGCCUUCCCCCGGGGAGGUAACAGGAUAUAAAGUCAUCUACCAUCCAAGAGGAAGAGAAGAACAGCAGGGAGAAUUGGUAGUAGGUCCUUAUGAUACUACCGUGGUCCUGGAAGAGCUGAGGGCUGGCACCACCUACAAAGUGGCUGUGUCUGGGAUGUUCGAAGAUGGUGAAAGUGUGCCGUUACUGGGGGAAGAACAAACAACAUUGUAUGACGUUAAUCCAGAGUUGCCUUUGGGACCUCCAGGGCUGCAGUGUACCACAACAGCGGCCGCAGACAUCGUGCUGCUGGUAGAUGGCUCCUGGAGUAUUGGGAGGCUAAACUUCCGCCAGAUCAGAAGCUUCAUCGGCAAGUUGAUCCAGGUGUUUGAGAUUGGCCCGCGAAGAGUGCAAUUCGGUCUGGCACAGUACAGUGGAGAUCCAAGGACCGAGUGGAACCUUAAUCAAUACAAGGACAAGAGGAGCUUACUGGACGCUGUGUCUUCCUUACCUUACAAGGGUGGCAACACCUUAACAGGCAUGGCUCUCAACUACAUUUUGCAAAACAACUUCAAGGACGACGCUGGCGCCCGACCAAAUGCACGGAAGAUCGGUGUCCUCAUCACUGACGGGAAAUCGCAAGAUGAUGUCAUUAGUCCUUCGGAGACUCUGCGUAACAUUGGGGUGGAGCUCUAUGCUGUCGGUAUUAAGAAUGCGGAUGAAGCUGAACUGAAACAGAUCGCCUCCGAUCCAGACAACAUUCACAUGUACAACGUGGCUGAUUUCUCCCUGCUGUCCGAAAUCGUUGAUGACCUCAGCAUUAACCUUUGCAACAGCGUGAAAGGACCAAGUGGAGUGGAUCCUCCAAGAAACCUGGUGACCUCUGAAGCUACCCAUCAGUCCUUCCGUGUGACGUGGGAGCACUCCGACUCGAGCGUGGAUCGGUACAGAGUGGAGUACCAUCCUGUGGGCGGAAGCAGGACAGAAGAGGUUCUUGUAAGUGGGAGAACAAGGACUGCGGUGCUGACGAAUCUGCAACCAAACAAGGAGUACGUGGUUAGAGUGUACGGACUGCUGGAGGGUGAAAUCAGCGAACCACUGGAAGGGGUAGAAACCACUCUCCCCAUCCCUUCCAUCAGGAACAUUAACACUUACGCCAUUACUCCAACCACGAUGAACGUCAGAUGGGAACCAACCAGCGGAGCCUCAGGAUAUAUGUUGCUGUAUGCACCGGUUAAUGCCACCACACCUACUGCAGAGAAAGAGGUGAAGGUUGGCGCAGAUGUUACUGAUGUAAGGCUGACUGAAUUAUUUCCAAAUACCGAGUACACGCUUACAGUUCAUGCCUUGUAUGGUGAUGUCCUUAGUGACCCACUGAGCAUGCAAGAAGUUACCCUGCCUCUGCGUGGACCCAGGAAUAUCCGCUUCUCCGAUGUCACUCACAGCAGCAUGAGGCCUCACUGGGAUCGAGCUCCAGGCAGGGUCCUGAAGUACAUCAUCCGCUACGCUGAAGUGGGAGAUGAGGUCACCAAGGAGCUGGAGGUGCCUGGCAGCGAUACCUCGGUCCCCCUCACAGGGCUGGUGUCCCAGACAGAGUAUGAUAUUUCAGUGUCAGCCGUGUACGAUGAAGGGGUGUCCAUUCCUCUGACUGGCCGGGAAAGCACCAAGGUGGUCCCAGCACCAACGGAUCUUCGCUUCAGUAACGUCGGGGAGACGCGGUUCCGUGUCCACUGGAAACAUGGAGCACAAGAUGUGGCCCUCUACAGACUGACCUGGGUUCCAUCGGGUAGAAGCAACAAAGAGGAGGUGAUCUUAAAUGGCCAAGAUACCAACCAUCUGUUAGAGGGCCUGAAUCCCGACACAGUUUAUGAUGUAUCUGUGACAGCCAUUUAUCCAGAUGAAAUGGAAAGUGAAGAUCUCUUCGGUUCCCAGCGUACAUUGGCCAAGGUAGUUCCGACCACUCCAGUUCCCUUGACACCUCCUCGCAACCUCCAAGUGUACAAUGCCACCUCACACAGCCUAACUGUGAAAUGGGAUCCCGCCAGUGGUCGAGUCCGAGGAUACAGGGUUAUCUAUGCUCCAAUGACCGGGGACCCCAUCGAAGAAACGGUCACAGUGGGCUCAAGAAUGAACAGUGUGGUGUUGCAGAAGCUGGAUCCCGAUACACCGUACUUAAUCAGAGUUGUGUCCGUUUCCAGAACCGGAGAUGGUGGACAGAUAACUGGCAAUGGCAGAACAAAGCCACUUGCUUCGGUCCGCAAUCUAAGGGUGUACAACCCAACAACUAGUUCACUGACUGUGAGCUGGGAUCCCGCCGAAGGUAUCGUACGACGCUACAAGAUUCGUUACGUUCCAUCCACAGGGCCUGGAAAUGAGGAAGAGGUCAUGGUCUCAGGAAACACACACCAUACAGUCCUCAAGAGUCUGCAUCCUGAUACGCCUUAUGAUAUUUCAGUGGUCCCUGUGUUCCGGGAAGGUGAUGGGGCUCCAAAGUCCAGCAGUGGAAGAACAUUAAUCCGUGGGUCACCUGGUAACGUUCAAGUCUACAACCCAUCACCGAACAGCCUGAACGUCCGCUGGACCAGCGCUCCAGGUCCCGUUCAGCAGUAUAGGGUGGUUUAUGCACCUCUGACUGGGACUCGACCCUCACAAUACAUGGUGGUACCAGGGAAUGCCAACAACGUGCUUCUGGAACGCCUGCAGCCAGACACGCCAUACUCUGUGAACGUGGUGGCCCUGUACUCGGACGGGGAAGGAGGCCAGCUCUCCAGCGAUGGCCGAACAUUAAGCCGGAGUGGACCAAGAAACAUGAGGGUGUAUGAUGCGACCACCAAUACCCUAAGUGUGAGCUGGGACCAUGCGGAAGGGCCAGUCCAACAGUACAGGAUCGUAUACGCCCCAACAGUCGGAGACCCAAUUGAGGAGUUUACCUAUGUUCCUGGAAGAAGAAACAACGUGAUCCUACACUCUCUCAUGCCUGACACUCCAUACAGAAUCAAUGUGGUGGCCAUGUACGAUGAUGGGGAUGGAGGACAGCUGACAGGAGAUGGCAGGACAGUGGGCCUGCUGGAACCUCGCAAUCUUCGGGUGUCCGACGAGUGGUACACACGUUUCCGCGUCACAUGGGACCCUGCACCAUCACCAGUCCUGGGGUACAAACUUGUUUACCAGCCCACAGGCACCAACGAGAAAAUGGAAGUGUUUGUGGGAGACAUGACAUCCUACACACCACAAAACCUGAAGCCUGGCACAACGUAUGAUGUCAAGGUCUAUGCCACCUAUGAAUCUGGAACCAGUGAAGCUUUGACAGGCCAAGGAACUACCUUGUACCUGAACGUGACAGGAAUAAAUACGUACAAUACCGACUGGGACUCCUUCUGUAUCCGGUGGAACCCUCACAGGGAAGCUACUUCCUACCGAAUAAAGCUGCGACCUGUCGAUGUUUACGCUGGUGGACAUCAGGACAUUACGAUCAAUGGUGCUGAUUCUAGUUACUGCUUCACUGGUCUCUCCCCGUACACUCUCUACGAUGCCGUCGUAUACACUCAGCUUCCAAACCUGGAGGGUCCUGGAGUCAAUGUGCAAGAGCGUACAUUGAUCCGUCCAACAACUCCUCCAACAGAACCACCUUCUCCUCCCCCACCACCGACUAUCCCACCUGCUCAGGAAGUCUGCCUGGGUGCAAAGGCCGACCUGGUGUUCUUGGUUGACGGCUCUUGGAGUAUUGGGGACGAAAACUUCCACAAGGUCUUGCAAUUCUGUUUCGACACUAUUGGGGCUCUCGAUGAGAUCAGCCCAAAUGGAAUGCAGAUUUCACUUGUUCAGUUCAGUGAUGAUGCGAAAGCGGAGUUUAAAUUGAACACUUACCAUGACAAAGGAACAGUUCUUGCUGCUCUGCAGAUGAUCCAGUACAAAGGAGGAAACACAAGGACAGGCCGAGCUCUCAAAUAUAUGAACGACAACGUCUUGAUUCGCUCGAAUGGCAUGAGGAAGGGUGUGCCCAAGGUGAUUGUUGCGGUGACCGACGGACGUUCACAGGAUGAGGUUAAGAAACCUGCACUUGCGUUGCAGGAAGCUGGUUACAGUGUGUUUGUCGUGGGGGUCGCUGACAUUGACAUCAAUGAGUUGAAAAACAUUGGCAGCAAGCCCAGUGAGAGGCAUCUCCUCUUUGUGGAUGACUUUGAUGCCUUCGCGAAGAUUCAGGAUCAGCUCAUCACCUUCCUUUGUGAAACAGCAACUUCAACUUGCCCACUGAUAUAUCUCAAUGGAUUCACAACACCAGGUUUCAGAAUGCUGGAGGCGUUCAAUAUGACAGUGAGAGAUGCCGCAGCUGUCCCUGGAGUGUCUAUGGAGCCAGGGUCUUUCAACAGCUUUACGUCUUACAGGAUUCAUAAGGAUGCAAACCUUCAGCAACCUACAGUAGACAUCCAUCCGAGUGGUUUGCCAUCAACCUACACCAUUAUGAUGCUUUUCCGCAUUCUCCCAACCACCUCUUCUGAGCCCUUUCUCAUCUGGCAGAUAGUCGACGAAGACUACAAGCCAGAAGUUGGAGUUCUUCUAGAUGGUAACAGCCAAACACUAUCAUACUUUAACAAGGAUGAGAGAGGAGAAUCUCAGACUAUCACAUUUGAUAACGAAGAUGUAAAGAAACUAUUUUAUGGAAACUUCCAUAAGGUUCAUAUUCUGGUAAAUCAAAACAGCGUUAAAUUGGUUGUGGACUGUCAAGAGAUCGAAGAGAAACUGGCAAAUCCUCCCGGCAAUAUAUCAAUCAGUGGAUAUGAAAACCUCGGGAAAAUGGCUAAAGCCAGAGGUCCAAAGGGCAAGUCUGCUGCUUUUGAGAUCCAAAGUUUUGACAUCAUCUGCAGUCUGGGUUGGGCCAUGAGAGACAAAUGCUGUGACAUCCCAUCUAUGCGAGAUGAGGCAAAGUGCCCGCCCCUUCCUCAUGCCUGCACGUGUUCUCAAGAUAGCAUUGGGCCUCCAGGACCGCCCGGACCAUCUGGUCAAGUUGGUAGCAAAGGACCAAGAGGAGAAAGAGGCUUAAAUGGAUUACCUGGUCCAUUAGGUCCUCGUGGUGAGCCAGGCCCUCCAGGUCCACAAGGGCUGCCAGGUCCUCAGGGUCCUAAUGGACUGUCACUCCCAGGAGAACCAGGACGUCCUGGAAUGAAAGGAGACGCAGGUGAACCAGGGUUGGCAGGACGACCAGGAUUAACUGGCCGGUCCGGCCCAGCAGGUACACCAGGAUCAGACGGCCCACGGGGCUUCCCAGGUAAAGACGGACCAAUUGGUCCACGUGGACCACCAGGGCCAAUCGGAACUCCAGGUAACCAAGGUCCCCCUGGUCAACCUGGUAUUCAAGGAAAGCAAGGUGUCACAGGAGUGCCGGGAAAAAUGGGACCAAAGGGCGAUAAAGGCGACCGGGGAGACUUUGCCUCUCAGAACAUGAUGAGAGCAAUUUCAAGACAAGUCUGUGAACAGAUGAUGAACAACCAAAUGAGAAGAGUGAACUCACUGAUAAACCAGAUUCCUAAUGGUUACCAGAGUAACCGUGCAGAACCUGGACCACCUGGCCCACCCGGACCACCAGGUAACCCUGGAGCAGUAGGAGAAAGAGGACCCCCUGGUCCAGCAGGUUUCCCAGGCUCACCUGGAGUUCAAGGAAGAGUUGGUGAAAGAGGACCUCCAGGAGAAAAGGGCGAACGAGGUAGUCCUGGUAUUGGGAAGCAAGGAUCACCAGGUUUACCUGGACCUCCUGGCCCGCCAGGGGAAUCAAGGACUGGCCCAGCAGGAGCCCCAGGUCCAAGGGGACCACUAGGGCCACCUGGUCGUCAAGGACAUUAUGGGAGCCGAGGUCCAGUUGGCCCUCCUGGUUACUGCGAUACCUCAAUGUGUGCAGGCAUACCUUACAACGGAUAUCCAAGUUCCGGAUAAAUUUUACUAGAUACUCAUGAUGCUUACAAAAAACCGAAAAGUCCUGUUUCUGAAAUAUUUGUUCCCGAUCUUAAUAAGAAAUGAGCCUUUUUGGAAAAUUCACCAGGAGUUGAUUUAACGAACUCUGUUGACCACCAGUUCUUCAUAAGGAGAGAGAGAGAAAAACACACCUACUAAACUAAGCGAGCUCGCAGUCCUAUACAUGAAACAGACGCCAGAGAUGCCUGCCCAUUUAAGACUGUUUCAUCGUGAAGCAAACAAAAAACAAAGAAAUUUCACACACGAACAAGGCUUAAACUUACAACUAACCCAAUGGGGGUUGUAUUAUUUUCCAAGCAACAAACAAAAAAAACACAGUUUCUUAGCUCGGAAUGUUCAAACUAUUUUGUCGUAUUGUUUCUGUAAAUAACUAAUUGUGGCAUUUAAAUGGUUCAAACUGAAUCACGUCCAACACGAGCUGUGUCGUGUAUUAAAUGUUUAGGCCUACUACAUGCUAUCAGCUUUAGAAAGUAACCAUCUUUUGUAUUAAAGGACAUCGCCCAAAAAAUGAUGCAAAAAUGGAAAGAAUCAUAGAACUAUAGAGGGUUUGUGAAAUUUGUCUUUGGUAGUCCAUGAUGCGCAAUCGCAUAUCGGCUGUCGGUUCUGGUGCAAGAGAACUUUGGAUGGAAUAUAAAACAGUCAGCCGAUCAGUUAAUGUCAGUAUUCGUUCCUGGCCUAGACAAAUUUCGUAUCAAAAUCUUUCUGUGAGUGGAUGAUGGACCUGGGGGCACAAGGGGGUGGGGGUGCAGUGGGAGUGAGGUAAAAAUAACUUAUUUCAGACUUCAUGAACGUCACUAUAUAUAUAUAUGUAUUUAAAAUGUUAUGGUUUAGCUAGAUAAAGUUUGCAUACUUGUAGGUGCCGCUCACAAGAUCAACAGGGAAAAGAAAUCAGGUGGCUUUGCUGUUGUGGUUUUUCCAGCUGCACAGUUGGUAAUAAUCUAGCAACGUACCACAAAUCCUCAGUCUGAAUUUUCAAUUCCUGCUUGCUGGUAGGGAGCCAUCCGCAGUCACUCCUUCCUCUCAUCUAUGUUCCAGUUGAGCCAAGUUCUCACUGGAUAGCAGGAUUUGUGAAUUUAUACCCCCAGAUUUUAGCAAAGGAUCCAACACUGUUCCUACUUUCUGUCCGCUCUUUUUUCACAGCUACCUCGCGUUUCUUUCCACCUCCCUCCCCCCCCCAACCAUUUUCCCCAUGAGAGUCAUUAUUUAAAAGUGCUAUCAUUUUCAUGUUGCUGUUAUUGGGUCUUCUUCAAUAGCUUUGGGCAGUUCAAAUCAGACUAUUUGUUAUUAGCAUUGACUAUGCUGAGACGUAUGUAAAAUGGUUAACUUCCAAGAUCUAAUACUGCAUUGCAUGAUUUAAGCUGCCCUAGCUUAAAAGUGUAGCAUUGGUUAUGCUUCAUGUUCAGUUCCUGUUUCCACAAAUUCAUUUAUCCUGCAAGAAAGAAAUGUCUUAACAAAUCUUACCGAUGAUUUUUUAAAAAGCAAUUCUAUUAUUCCCCAGUGUUUUGUGAGAAAAUAGUAUAAUUGUGCAAAAGACUCAUUUUCAAGGGAUGUAAAUCAAAAUGUGCAAAAAAAUGUAAACAUAUAUAUAUAAAAAAAUGAAUGUGUUGUAAGAUUUUGUAUCCAACAUGUUGUGUACACAUGUAAGUGUGAGGACUGGUAGGCUGCCAAUUAUAGUGUUUGAUAUAUGAGACCCAUAUUUCCAACCAGGACAAUACGGACAACCUUACCGUCCAGAAACCCAUGUUGUUCCCAUAGCAAGGGGAGAGGAUGAAGAGAUCGACCAAAUUGAAAGUGAAAUUCAGUCGCCUGGAUUUAGUCGAAUGCAAUCAUGAGGACCGUUCAUCUUUGUUCCAAAAGAAGGGAGAGGCAUGAAGAGGCAUUAAAUCUGGUUGAAUUUACAAUCUGUGCCUUAUUACCACAACCACAUCUGCAGAAGCUUCUGUGUUUUUGAUCAUUUAAUUUUUGAAUGAUUAGCUAGAGAGUAUUCAUGGCUUGAUUUAUGAAUGUUCAGUAAUAGGUUUAUAUCUGACAUAAAAUUAUUUCACAAAGAAAGGAAAGAAUUCUGCCUUAUUGAAAAUAGUAGAUACAUCAUAAAUCAUAAGACCAUAAGGUAUAGGAGCAGAAUUAGUCCCUUCAGCCCAUCAAGUCUUCCCUGCCAUUCCAUCAUGGCUGAUUUAUUAUCCCUUUUGACUCCACUUCUCUGCCCUCUCACGGUAACCUUUGACACCCUGACUAACCAAGUACCUAUCAAUCUCCGCUUUAAAUGUACCCAAUGAUGUGGCCUCCAGAACUACGGACCAACGUGUUGUUAUCAGCAUCAUGUGACAUAUAUAUCACCCUAUAUGUCAAAUAUGGGACUGUUUUACGUGACAUCAUGUAACAUUAUGGCGUUGGAGUAGUUGGAAUCCACACAAUAAUUUCCACUACAUAAAAUGCAUUAAAGCUUACUCUAAAAAUCAUAUUGUUAAAAACAAUGGUAAGCUUUCUUAUUAUGUUGUAACUAUGGCAAUGAUAUUAGCCCUCCCUAUCCUCCUUGUCAUCAUUUGUAAAGCGGCAUUCCUAUACACAAGACUAGCAAACAAACACACUUUUUGCACACUCACCUGUUACUUUCAUCUAACUGUGUAUAUGCUUUUGCCUUCUAACACAUCCUUGCUGUUAUUCUCAGUCUACAUAGAUUGAUUUUAACUGCAUCCCCGUUCAUUCUAAAUCACCCAAAAACACCCCAAAAAAGUUUUCUCAAAAUAUUUUUUAAAAAUCCAAAGCAUUUUCCCUCAUCAAUCCACGCCAUAGUCUCUUUCCCAUUUUCAACUGCCCCCAUUAUGCCCACAUCCACAAUGGUUACUAUGAGCCUUUACCCCACUGUUAGCACUUCUCAAGUGCUGUUCGAACAAUAGCGACAAUUAGCUAAAGACAAGCUUGUCAAUACAUUCCAGUAAUUAUAUAGUGCACCUGUAUUUUAAGUUAUAAGCUUAUAGGAAUAUUUUACUUUAUCUUACAAGUGUAUCGGCUGGUUACAUCAAAAGUUAAGAGCAACACACUCUUAAAGAGGGUACUAAUAGAUUCAUUGUACCUACCAGACACAGUACUUAACACUGCUUACAACUAUUUGUUACAUUAAGACUUUAAUACUUUUAAGUGUAAAUGUGCUGGUUCUCAGCAGAAUUGUUACAAAAGAUGAUGGAAAAGCAUGUCUGAUGUAUAUUUAGUAUGGAACUUCUACCAGAAUAUAGUGUUUUCGGAAACUAGAAUGCAGUUGGAAUCUUUGCAAGCCUAUGGAUAUAGAUUUGCUGCUUCGUAUUUGUAACUGCAGAUUGUGAAUUUCACAGCCUAAAUUUCCUAUUUAUUUCUGAAACAAAAGAGGCAUUUUUCAA